AUGACCAGAAUCUUGAUCGCCGAGGACGAGGAGCGCAUCUCCAGCUUCAUCGACAAGGGCCUGCGCGCUGCAGGGUAUUCGACCGAGGUCGUGGCUAAUGGCAGGGAGGCCCUCGCGCUUGCCCUCGGCGGCACCUGUGACCUGGUGCUGCUGGAUGUCGGACUGCCCGGCAUGGACGGGUUCGAGAUACUGCGGCACGUUCGGGACCAGGACACCGCGCUCCCGAUCAUUAUGCUGACCGCCCGUACGUCGACUCCGGAUACCGUCACGGGGCUGGACGGCGGAGCCAACGACUACAUGCCGAAGCCGUUCAAGUUCGACGAGCUGCUCGCUCGCGUUCGGCUGCGGCUGCGCGAUGUUGGGCAGCUGGCUGCCACGACCCUUCGUCGCGGUUCGAUCAGCCUCGAUCUGCUGACCCGGCGGGCAACCGUGGAUGGCCGAGAGGUGGACCUCUCGGCCAGGGAAUUUGCCCUGGCCGAAGAGUUCCUCACCCAUCCAGACCAGGUGCUGAGCCGAGAGCAGCUGCUCAGCCGGGUCUGGGGUCUCGAUUUCGAUCCGGGCUCG